CGGUCAGCCUAGAGGUCUGGCUUCCCGGUCAACAUGAAGGCUCCCCUUCUUCUGGGGCUUCUGCUUUCCGUCACCGUCCAGGGCAAGGUCUUUGAAAGGUGUGACCUGGCCAGAACUCUGAAAAGACUUGGGCUGGCUGGCUUUAAAGGUGUCAGCCUGGCAAACUGGAUGUGUUUGGCCAAAUGGGAAAGUGAUUAUAACACAAAGGCUACAAACUACAAUCCCGGAAGCAGAAGCACUGAUUAUGGGAUAUUUCAGAUCAAUAGCCGCUACUGGUGUAAUGAUGGCAAAACGCCCAGAGCCGUGAACUCCUGUCACAUACCCUGCAGCGAUUUGCUGAAAGAUGACAUCACUCAAGCUGUAGCAUGUGCAAAGAGGGUUGUCAGUGAUCCAAAUGGCAUUCGCGCAUGGGUGGCAUGGAGAGCACACUGUGAAAACCAAGACGUCUCUCAGUAUGUUCGGAAUUGUGGAGUGUAACUGUGGAGUUUUCCUUCUGCAGCUCAUUGUAUCUCUUUUUCAUAUUACCAUUCUUUCAAAUAACACUUUUACACAAGCAGGAACAGAAUAUGGUCUUUCUUCUAAGUCUUCAUGUUUACGAAAUGUGUUUAUUUGAUAGCCUGUAACAUUUUUCAGUUUGCUAAUAGAAUAAUGCUGGUGAAAACUUAUCUAAAGUCUUGCCUAUCAAAUACAUCUCCAAUAUAGUCAGUUCUUAAAGAAAUAACCCCAACUUAAUCUUUAGUACUCCCCAAUAUUUUAUAAAAAUGUAACAAAAGAUCUUAAAACAAACAUCUUAGGCAAAAUCCUAGCUGAAUAGGCAUCUGUUCAGUCCUCUCCAAAAA